GUGUGUUUGUGUGUGUUUGUGUGUGAUGACUGGACAAGGAUCGAGACGUCAAAUCCUUUUACGUCAAGGAUACUCAAGCAAUGUUCCCCGACAUUUCGAAGCGAGACGGCAUCCACAUCUCGGGGAGAAUGUCGAUCGCGUCGAGCCAAAGCGGAGCGGGGUUCAGGAUUCUUUGUCAAUGGCACUCGCUGGCCUCUCUUAAUUUUACAAUUCCACGUACGGACACAGCGCGUGCCCGCCGACUGGCGGAACUCCCCUUCUGUAUUUACUCAUCCUGGUAGCAUCCCAAGGGGAUUCAAUAACCACCGGCAAUCGCCUCCGUAACGCCAUGUGAUGCGACAAGACCCCACCCCACCUCCUUCUCUUUCCCCCUUACACUAUCC